CAUUAUAAUACUCUGAAGAUCCAAGAGGGUUUUCUCUCUGCCUGCUCCCGAUUCUUUCUCUUUCAAUACAGCCUCUUUACAACCUUUGCACACCCUUCUGGCCGAUCCUUGAGACAAUAUGCCGCCAGUUCGCAAUCCCAUCCUUCCCGGCUUUAACCCGGACCCCUCUAUUGUCAGAGUAGGCGAUGAUUACUACAUCGCUACGUCAACGUUUGAGUGGUUCCCUGGCGUUCAAAUUCAUCACUCUAAAGACCUGGCGAACUGGGAUCUCAUCACCCGCCCGUUGACUCGUAAAAGUCAACUUGACAUGCGGGGUGACCCAGAUAGCGGUGGAAUUUGGGCCCCUUGUCUGACUCAUGACGGUGACAAGUUCUGGCUUGUUUACACGGACGUUAAGCGGAAAGAUGGAUCCUUCAAAGACUUAUACAACUACAUCAUUAGUGCUCCUGCCAUCGAGGGACCCUGGUCUGAUCCUAUUCACGCCAACUCUUCGGGAAUCGACCCUUCCCUAUUCCACGAUGACAAUGGCCGAAAAUGGUUCGUUAACCAAUUGUGGGAUCAUCGCUACCGCCCUCACUUCGUCGGCAUUAUUUUGCAAGAGUUUAAUCCCGAAUCUGGAAAGCUUCUCGGCCCCAAGAAGAACAUUUUCACAGGCACGGAGCUGAAGAUCACCGAGGGGCCUCACCUGUACAAGCGGAACGGGUGGUACUACCUCUUGACAGCUGAGGGCGGCACCGCUUAUCAGCACUCUUGUACCCUCGCUCGCUCUCGCGACAUAUGGGGCCCGUAUGAAUUGCACCCCCAGAAGCAUAUUCUGAGCGCCAGAGAUGCCCCCUUCGCCGCCUUACAACGUGCUGGACACGGCGACAUUGUGGAGACACCGGAGGGGAAGACGUACGUCGUGCAUUUAACAAGCCGCCCGACUACACAGAAUCGUCGGAGUGUGCUUGGACGCGAGACGGCGAUACAGGAGGCUUAUUGGGCUGAAGAUGACUGGCUGUACAUUAAGAACGGACCUGUUCCUUCUCUUUACGUUGAUGUUCCUGGAACUCGAGACGAAAGCGUAUACUGGGCCGAGCAGCGCUAUACAUUCGGGGACGGUCUCCACAAGGACUUCCAGUGGCUUCGCACGCCUGAGCCAGAGAGAAUCUUUUCUACCGGGGACAACGUACUCACGCUCUUUGGUCGCGAGUCUAUUGGCUCAUGGUUCGAGCAAGCACUAGUAGCUCGUCGUCAGACCCAUUUCUCCUACGAUGCUGAAACUACCAUCGACUUCUCUCCCACGGACGAGCGGGAGCUCGCUGGUCUCACCGCUUAUUACAGCCGAUUCAAUUUCUUUUAUCUCACGGUAACGGCUCAUUCGGAUGGAAAGCGCCAUCUCUUUAUUAUGAAGUCUGAAGCAUCUUUUCCAGAUGGUGACCUCAAAACCCCCUUCGAUGAGCCUAUCCUGCUUCCCGAGUCUGGAAAGGUUAGACUCGCGCUGACUAUUCGGGGGCCUGCUCUUCAGUUUUUCUACGCUCUAGAGGGCGAGACACUGGAGAAAAUCGGGCCGGUCCUUGAUGCAUCGCUCCUUUCUGACGAAUGCGGUGGGCACAAGGCGGCUGAUGGCAGCUUUACUGGCGCCUUUGUCGGCAUGGCUUGCUCGGAUGUAAAUGGCACCGCAAGGGCUGCCAAGUUCGACUACUUCAUUUACCGACCUGUUCAGGAUGAAAGUGACCGUUACGAUAUUUAGAUUUGAUCAAAGUCGAUGGUACCAAUGGAGAAUUGUUCAAGGCCAAGGUACUUUGCGCUUUGACUGCAAUAGGACGGGGUGGUCUUGGGUAUUUGUUUAAACAAGAGAACUUAGGGAUAGUGCAUCGAGUUCAAUAAUCUCAACGCAUAACGCAUCACAAAAAUUACCAGGAG